AUGGAUGAAGACAGUAAUGAUGAUGAUGAAAGUGAAGAUGAAUGGGAGGAUGUGGAAGAACUCCAGGAACCUACAACAGAUAAGUUAGAAGAAGCUGCCUCCCUUCCAGCAGUGGUGCUGCAAAGCAAUCCUGUUGAGAUAGAGAUUGAAACCCCAGAGCAGCUGAAGAAAAGACAGAGGAGUGAAAAAAGGCAAGCCGAGUUUGAGAUGUAUCUUCGGAGAAUGAUGAAACGUUUCACCAAGGCGGUUCGUGAGGACACACAUAAGGUUCACCUCUUGUGUUUAUUAGCAAAUGGUUUCUAUAGAAACAGGAUCUGCAGCCAGCCAGAUCUUCAUGCCAUUGGUCUGUCCAUCAUCCCCACCCGCUUCACAAAAGUGCCUGCAGGCCAAGUGGACCUUCUCUACCUUUCCAACUUGGUGCAAUGGUUUGUUGGAACCUUCACUGUCAGUGAUGAGCUUUCCACUGAAAAAGGAGAGUCCCUUCAGUCGACCUUGGAGAGGCGCUUUGCCAUCUAUGGUGCACGAGAUGACGAAGAGUUGGUUCAUAUGUUUUUAAUUAUUCUGCGAGCAUUACAGCUGAUGUGUCGCCUCGUGCUGUCUUUUCAGCCUAUUCCUCUCAAGGAGACAAGUGCAAAGGGGAAAACCUUGCCCAAGAGGCAGUCUCUCAGCAGUACCUCUGAGGGGCAGGAGGGCUCUGCCACAACACCCAAAGCUGUGGCAAAAAAAUGCCCCUGCAGAAAAGCCAAACAGGAUGAAAACUCUUCAGAAAGCAAAGAAGACAAGAAGCCAAAGAAACGGAAAACUGCACAGACCAAAAGGACACAGAAGUCAAAGUCCACUACAGAGAGCCACGAGCAGAAGGAAUCUAAUAAUGAGGAGAGCAGUUUAGCAGAAAAAGAUAUGCCAGUCAGGCCCAAGAACAAUCGCCGGAGACGAGUGGCCUCCAAAGUGUGUUACAAAGAAGAGAGUGACAGUGAUGAGGGCAGUGGUUCAGACUUUGAGGUUUCAGAGGAGGAGAGUGAUAUCUCUGAUGAGGAUUUUGAAACUACCUCUAAAAGGCAGAGGAGCUCACUGGGCUCCCAGAAGUCAAAGCAAACGGCUAUAAAAAGCCCAAAAAGUGAGACUUCAGAAUCAAGGCUAUCCAGAAAUUCCUAUGGAGCUGAACCUAGGCCAGCAAAAAGUACAGCUCCAGGCUUGCCUCAUGCACAGAAAAAGAGAAACAAAAUAAUUUCUAGUGAUGAGGAUGAUGAACGGGAGGUAAGGAAAGCAACGGGCACAGACCAGUGGUUGGAAGUUUUCCUUGAAUGUAAGGACAAAUGGGUGUGUGUAGACUGUGUUCAUGGCAACAUCGGCCAGCCGCAGCUGUGCUUCACAUACGCCACAAAGCCACUGUCCUAUAUUGUGGGAUUUGACAAUGAUGGGAACGUCAGGGAUGUGACACAAAGAUAUGACCCAGUGUGGAUGACUGCAACAAGGAAGAGCCGUGUGGACCCUGAGUGGUGGGAAGACACUCUGCAGCCAUAUAAAAGUCCCCAUGUGGAAAGAGAAAAGAAGGAGGAAAAUGAGUUUCAAGCUAAGCUUCAAGAUCAACCUCUACCAACAGCAAUUGGGGAGUACAAGAACCACCCUCUUUAUGCACUGAAGAGGCACCUCUUGAAAUAUCAGGCGAUCUAUCCGGAGUCAGCUGCUAUCCUGGGGUACUGCAGGGGAGAGGCUGUCUACUCCAGAGACUGCGUACACACGCUGCACUCCAAGGACACUUGGCUGAAGAAAGCUCGAGUGGUGAGGAUUGGAGAAGUGCCUUACAAGAUGGUGAGGGGAUUUUCCAACCAGGCGAGGAAGGCGCGCCGUGCAGAGCCUGCAAACCAGGACAAAGAGGACCUGGCGCUGUUUGGUCGCUGGCAGACGGAGGAGUAUCAGCCACCUGUAGCGGUGGAUGGAAAGGUUCCUCGGAAUGAAUAUGGAAACGUCUAUCUCUUCCUGCCAUCCAUGUUACCCAUUGGCUGCGUGCAGCUGAGGCUCCCAAACCUGAACAGGUUGGCGCGGAAGCUGGAUAUUGACUGCGCUCAGGCCAUCACUGGAUUUGAUUUUCACUGCGGCUACUCGCACCCAGUUACCGAUGGCUACGUUGUCUGUGAGGAGUAUAAAGAUGUCCUCAUUGCUGCCUGGGAGAAUGAACAAGCAGAAAUAGAAAAGAAGGAGAAGGAGAAGCGUGAGAAAAGGGCUCUGGGGAAUUGGAAGCUGCUGACCAAAGGACUUCUCAUCAAAGAGAGACUGAAGCAGCGCUACUCUGUCAAGACUGAGCUGUCAGAGACAGAGAAAGAAGCUGGAUUCUCUUCUGAUGAAGAAGGAGGUCCAAGUUCAGAGACUGCAGUAGAGAAUGUGGCCAUUUCUUGGCCCCAAAAUCGCCAGUUGGAGAAAAAAGAAGAAAAGAAGGCAACCCGAAAGAGCAAGCGAGAGCAGAAAGGUGAAGCAGCACAGUUGUUCCCUUUUGAGAAACUGUGA